CUGAGCAUACAAACAGCUGAUGGAGGGCUCUCGUGCUGAUGCAAAACAUAUUGCUGACGAGCUGUGUCAAGCAUAUCUUUCUCACUCCCUUACUCGAAGAGGUUAUAGCGACGCCAUUCCUCGUACAAUGAUUGCAGCGUGCCUGUCGGCCGACGUAUCACGUGUAUUCAAGUUUCUCCAACCACUCGCCGACUCCUUCGAAGACUUGGCUCCGGAUGUGUUUCAUGACUUGAUUCCGUGUCUUCACAUUACGGCCAGGACGGCGUAUAAAUUAUUUGACCAUUUGGCGCUGGAAAUCUUUGCCGACGGCGUGAACUGGGGGAAGAUAGCUGCUCUGUACGCCCUAGCGGGGGCUGUGGCGGUCGAAUGCGUGCGACGAAACUGGAAGCGCGGUGUUCGUUCGGUUUACGUAUGUUUCUCUACGUUUAUAAGAGAGCAUUUGCUGGAGUGGAUUGUGGACCAUGACGGCUGGAACGGGUUUAUGGAGUGGUCUGGGAGAAGACAGCAGCGAGGAAAUGACCACUUCUGGACGUUUGCUAAAAUCGUUGGACUAGUGGUGUUGGGAGGAAUACUGCUUGCUGCAUUUGCGUUUGGAAAAUGACGGCGCUGUUUUGUUGCCAAGCCGUAUUGGUGUGCGAUGUUGCUGCGGAAUCAUAUCACGUGCAAAGGCACCUCAGGCAACUACUCAACAACUAGGGCUUAUGCUGGACUCUCAAAAAGCAUUUGUCUCUCUGUGUGAUGUUGUAUGUCUUAGUGAUGAGUCAUCAGGAACAGUCAAGAACAGCCUAAAA